AUGACUCGCGCCCUCAACACUGGAAACUCCCUCCUUAACAAGACUGCUCGGAAUAUUCUUGAGUAUAACAUCCAGCAUUCUGACUUCCCGCUGCCUCUUGAGCCGCUUGAACAAUACGUUAGCAAGCGACUUCUGAUUAGCAUCAUAUGGGCUUUCUCUGGUGAUGCCAGAUUGGGCUUGCAGGCAGAAUUAGGCGAUUUUCUCAGCAAGCAGAUAGGAAUUGCUUGCCUUUUUUAUUUGUGGCUCUCAAAACACAAAUCUCUUAUACUCUGUGGUUCUCCCGGUUCUGGCAAGACGACGACUCUCUUCAGUGCUCUUCGCAAACUACCCGAUAUGGAAGUUGUGGGUCUGAACGUUUCCAGCGCAACGACUCUGGAGUUGACACUGAAGACCUUUGAGCAAUAUUGCCAGCAUCGGAAAACUCCUAACAGCAUCAUUAUGGCUCCUGUACAGCUAGGCCGAUGA